AUGGCUGGGAUACCCACUCAAAGGCUCUCACCCGCCCGAUUCCACGUCAACAUCAACCUCGGCGCAAACAUCCCCAUCACACCAACAACAACAACAACAACAACACCACCACCAACAAAGUCCGCAACAACAACAAGAAGAACAAGACACAAAACACCCCACAACAUCCACCCUCCGCCUCUCUCUCCCUACCAUAAUCGCCCACUGCCACCACCAAGUGCACUCCUUCCUCUCCGAAUCCCACCCCCCAACUCCCUCCUCGCUACAACCCAACACCAAACCCGCACCUCCCUCUCCAUCAUAAAAGACGCCCUCACCCGCUACCAACUGCCCGAACUCUCCCUCUCCUACAACGGCGGCAAAGACUGCCUCGUGCUCCUCAUCCUCUUCCUCGCCAGCCUCCACCCGCACCCGCCCGCCUCCGCCGGCGGGCUGGCCUCCAUCCCAGCAAUCUACGCCCUCCCUCCGGACCCCUUCCCGGACGUCGAAGACUUCGUCCGCUGGUCCUCAGAAGCAUACCACCUCUCCAUCGAUAAAUUCACGACCGACCCGCCGACCUCGACCCUCCGCGACGCCUUCGAUCACUACCUCGCGCUCAACCCCACUAUUCGCGCGAUCUUCGUCGGGACUCGCCGCACGGAUCCCCACGGCGCGAGACUCACGCAUUUUGAUCCGACCGAUAGUGGAUGGCCGGAUUUUGUGCGCAUUCAUCCUGUGAUUGAUUGGCAUUAUGCCCAGAUUUGGACCUUCAUUCGCCAUCUUGAUUUGAGAUAUUGUCCCCUCUAUGAUCAGGGAUAUACCAGUCUCGGGGGUACUACCGAUACCUUGCCCAAUCCGAAGCUGCGCACUGAUGGCUCUGACGGAGAGGACGAGUACCGUCCGGCCUAUGAGUUGACCGAGGACCUGGAGGAGCGACUGGGCCGGAAUUGA